AUGCAUGCUUCAAUGCUGUCCAGUGCCCUCUCGCUACUCAUGCUAGCCGGUGCCGUUGCCGCCGACUGCAGCACAUACAGCUACACCAGCUGCUCCGACAAGACUGUCCAUUGGUACGACCCCAACACUGGCGAGGUGUGCGACCCGCUCGACUGUGGUGGUGGCCGCGCUCCUAUAAAAACCGACGUCCCCGGUUGUGCGGCAUACACGGGCACCGAGACUCGGACAACUUCCUACCUCUCCUGCUGGACACCCUCUUCUGCCCUGGCGUCUUCGACCGCCACCCAUGCAGCCGAGAUUACUUUGACAGGUACCGCAACUGCUUCAAGCAAGACCAGCAGUGCCACAGGAACCAAUACUAGUGGAGACAGUACCGCUCCUGAGACUACACCGGCUGCUACUCUCUCAGCCAGUGCACAGGCCUCCGGCACCAACAGCACUGCUACUCAAACUACCGCGGCCAAUGCGGCUGGCUCGCUGGCUGUUUCGCUGAUGGCUGUUGCGGGCGUUGCGAUUGGUACUUUUAUGUUGGCGUAA